CUACAUAACUCAGCCUCCUUUUAACUAGAUGCUAGUUCGCGAUCUGUCAUUCAAAAACAGUUUGAAACGCCUUCGUAAUGCAGAGCAACUGAGAAGACGAAAAUUGAUUCAGAAGUAACCACAGGUCGGCUGCUUUUGCAGCCAAAGAGGAGAGGGGGAAAAAGAUGCCUUCUCCAUCUUUUACUCUCAACCCUCAGAUGCGUUACCAUGACAAAUGGUUGAAAAUAGAUUUGCAGCGAGCCUUUUCCUCAGAGGGGCUUAGUGAGAUGUGGAAUGAAAUGGUCAAAGAUGAGGAGAUAACCUUUAAUGGAGAAGAGUCCAUAAACCCAGAAGACUUCACAGACUGUUUUGGAACCCAGAAGAAAGAGGAGCCUAACGACAAAGAGAGGAAGGAAGAUGAAGACCUGCCAUUAUCCGUCCAUCAGUCCAUCAUCGAGUCGUGGGACUGGGGCCGGCAGCCAGAUGAGACGGAGUUAAAAGACUGUCUGAUGGUCCUCGUGGAAGACCAGCAGAAGCUGUCGGCUCAGCUGGCCAAAAGCACCCUCUCUGCUCAGCGGCUGCGUCAGCGCCUGGUCAUCCUGGAGCGCUACCUCAUCUCUCUGAGUCACAGCAUGAGGGAGGAGACCUACAAGUUCUGCUGGAAGAUGCCCUCCACUCCUCCUCGGCCUGCUGCCGACAACAAGAGCCCUCGUCCAGUCAGUAAAAGCGCUGAAGGUCUGGCUAGAGUCGGCUCCAGGGCUGCGCUCUCGUUCGCCUUUGCUUUUCUCCGCCGGGCAUGGAGGUCAGGAGAUGAUGCAGACCUUUGCACGGAGCUUUUGCAGGAGUCUCUCGACGCCCUGCGGGCUCUUCCUGAGGCCACGCUAUUUGACGAGGCAACUGUGUCCCCCGUUUGGUUGGAAGUUGUUGAGAGAGCCACAAAGUUCCUGAGCGAUGUGCAUGGAAAUGGCAGCACCAAAGGCACUAUUCCCCUGCAGGACCAACACCUCGUUCUUGCUAUCUUGUUGGAGUUGGCCGUACAGAGGGGGACUCUUAGUCAAUUGCUCUACGUGGUUCUGCUGCUGUUACGUCUGUGGGAAAACGGCACCAGGGAGAUGGACAACGAACGCUCCACGCAGGGAACCAGUGCUCCGUUAUUAUCCUUCUUGCAGCGGUUUCAGAACAUACACAGCAGCAAGGAGGAGGUCAUUUCUGAAGAAGAUCCUGAGAUUCUCACAGCUCCUCUGAGUCCAAACGAGAGUUUCCUGCGCUACCUGACCUUACCCCAAGAUAAUGACUUGGCCAUUGAUCUUCGACAAACUGCAGUGGUUAUUAUGGCUCAUCUGGACCGCUUGGCCUCUCCCUGCAGCCCGCCAAACUGCAACUCUCCAUCACAGAAGGGAUCUCUGCAGGAAGUGAUUGCCUGGGGGCUUCUGGGCUGGAAGCUUUAUGCCAAUGUUUGUGGACCCAUUCACUGCAAAGCCCUAUCCAGCACUGGCGUAACACAAAUCGUCUGUUCCGAAAAAGUCUUCCUCAUCUUGUCCCGCAGUGGAGCUGUGUACACCCAGAACUACAAGAGCACAACACUGGCUCCAAUGCUAAUCCACGGUUUGAGUUCCAGGAAGAUUGUUAAGCUCGCGGCUCACCCUGAUGGGCAGCACUUCUUGGCCUUGUCCACCAGUGGGGAGGUGUAUUCAUGGGGAUGUGGAGACGGUGGUCGCCUAGGACAUGGAGAUGCAACAUACCUGGAGGAGCCCGCACUGAUCACGACCUUCAGUGGUAAACAGACGGGAAAGCAAGUGGUUCAAAUUGCUUGUGGGAGCACGUACAGUGCUGCCGUCACAGCUGACGGCGAGCUGUACACGUGGGGCAGAGGGAACUAUGGUCGACUGGGUCAUGGUUCUAGUGAAGAUGUGACUACACCAAUGCUUGUGACGGCCCUGAAAGGACAGAAGGUGGUGGAUGUGGCUUGUGGGAGUGGUGAUGCCCAAACACUUGCUGUGACAGAAAAUGGUCAGGUGUGGUCCUGGGGGGAUGGAGAUUAUGGUAAACUGGGCAGAGGUGGUAGUGAUGGGUGCAAGACGCCAAAGCUUGUGGAGAAGCUUCAGGACCUGGACAUAGUGAAGGUGUGCUGUGGCAGUCAGUUUUCAGUUGCCCUCACCAAAGACGGUCAGGUGUACACGUGGGGAAAAGGAGACAACCAGCGGCUUGGUCAUGGGACGGAUGAGCAUGUCCGCUACCCAAAGCUGCUCGACAGCCUUCAGGGAAAGAAAGUUGUUGACAUUGCUGUUGGUUCCACGCAUUGCCUGGCUCUUACUGACGAAGGCGAAGUGCACAGUUGGGGGAGCAACGAUAAGCUGCAGCACUUUGAUACCCUCUUUCCCAACAAGAAGCAGCCUAAAGCCCUCCCCGGACUCAACUCCAAACACAUAGUGGGGAUCUCCUGUGGUCCAGGACAGAGUUUCGCCUGGUCCUCGUGCUCAGAGUGGUCUGUUGGCCAGCGGGUUCCCUUUGUAGUGGAUGUUUGCCACAUGACCUUUGAGCAGCUUGACCUCCUUCUGAGGCAAGUAAGCGAGGGUAUGGACGGCAGCUCAGACUGGCCCCCCCCUCAGGAGAAGGAGUGCAUGGUGGUUGCCACUCUCAACCUUCUGCGCCUCCAGCUCCAUGCUGCCAUCAGUAACCAGAUGGCUCCUGAGGAGCUGGGUCUGGGACUCGGCAGCACUCUGCUCAACAACCUAAAACAAACAGUGGUGACGUUGGCCAGCAAUGCUGGUGUGCUCAACACGGUGCAAUCAGCCGCACAGGUUGUGCUGCAAAGCGGCUGGUCAGUUCUGCUGCCCACUGCGGAGGAAAGAGCAAGAGCGCUGUCUUCACUGCUUCCCAAUGCCGCUUGUGGAAAUGAGAUGAGUGUGAGUCCAGGGCGACGCUUCAUGAUUGACCUGUUGGUGAGCAGCCUAAUGGCUGAUGGAGGAUUGGAAUCUGCUCUCGAUGCAGCCAUCACUGCAGAGAUACAGGACGUUGAAGCCAAGAAGGAAGCCCAGAAAGAAAAGGAAAUAGAUGAGCAGGAGGCAAACGCCUCCACCAUCCAUCGGUGUCGUACCACGCUAGACAAAGAUCUCAUCAACACCGGCAUUUAUGAAUCAUCAGGGAAGCAGAGCCUGCCUUUAGUGCAGCUUGUACAGCAGCUUUUGAGGAAUAUUGCAUCUCAGACCGUGGCAAGGCUUAAGGAUGUGGCUCGCCGCAUCUCCAGCUAUUUAGAGGCAGAGCAUGUCAGCAAGGAGCGCUCUGCUUCUCUGGACCUCCUGCUGCGCUUCCAGAGGCUGCUGGUCAGCAAGUUGUACCUUGGCAUCACAGAGACAGAGACCGUCAAUGGAUACAAUCCUGAACUCCUGGGAGUGGGCUCCUUGUUAAAAAAGUACAUUGCUCUGCUGUGCGCUCACAUUGGAGACAUCCUUCCCGUGGCAACAAGCAUCGCCUCUGCAGGUCGCAGACAUUUUGCUGAAGUUUCUCGCGUUAUUGAGGGCGAUCUCACUGGAGUGCUUUUGCCUGAGCUGGUUCUGUCCAUCGCCCUCCUCCUCACUAUCGACGCCGGUCUAAUGCAGGAGACGGGUUCCAUCCCUCUGCUGGCUGGACUAUUGGAGCACUUGGACCGCUUUAACCACCUGGCUCCAGGGCAUGAAAUGGAUGAAAAUGAGGAGCUUGCUUGGCCAGGAAUAAUGGGCUCAUUCUUCAAAGGUCAGAGUUCCAAGAACAAUGAAGAGGUUUCACUCAUUCGCAAGGCAGACCUGGAGAACCACAACAAAGACGGCGGCUUCUGGACCGUAAUCGAUGGAAAAGUGUACGACAUCAAAGACUUCCAGGCUCAGUCCCAGUCAUUAGCGGGGAACAGUAUUUUGGCUCAGUUUGCAGGAGAGGACCCUGUUGUUGCGUUGGAAGCAGCUUUGCAGUUUGAAGACACCAGAGAAUCGAUGCAGGCUUUUUGUGUUGGCCAAUACAUGGAGCCUAACCAGGAGACCGUCACCACUCCAGACCUGAGCAGCCUGUCCUCUCCACUCAUUGACACUGAGAGGAAUCUGGGGCUGCUGCUGGGUCUCCACGCUUCUUACUUGGGCAAAAGCACUCGCUUGUCCCCUAUGGAGAUCGAAUGUGCCAAGUGGCUCCAAUCAUCCAUAUUUUCUGGUGGCCUUCAGACAAGUCAGAUCCACUACAAUUACAACGAAGAGAAGGACGAAGACCACUGCAGCUCCCUGGGAACAAGCACUCCAGACAAGGCUAAGCUUUACUCCCGCAGAACCACUAUGAGUGACCACGCCCAGCCUUUCCUGCAGGCCAUCGCUGACAACAACACUCAGGACCACACCGUGAAGGAUUUCUUAUGCCAAAUAGAGCGUUGCUGUAAACAGUAUCAUCUUAUCACACCCAUCACUUUCCCUCCGGAGCAUCCCGUUGAAGAAGUUGGACGCCUGCUUCUCUGCUGCCUGCUAAAACAUCAAGACCUUGGUCACAUUGCUCUCUCGCUCGUCAGUCAGUGGGCCUUGGGUGUGGAGCAGGGGAAACAAAGGUCCCUCCCGAAAUCUGUGAUCGAUGUGUGCCGCAUGGUCUACCAGGCAAAAUGCUCUUUAAUUAAGACCCAUCAGGAACAAGGCCGCUCGUACAAAGAGGUUUGCGCCCCAGUUAUCGAGCGCCUACGCUUUCUCUUCAAUGAGCUGCGGCCAGCUGUGAGCAACGAUCUGUCCAUUGUGUCCAAGCUGAAGCUACUGAGCUCUCAGCCACGCUGGAGGAGGAUCACACAGAAACUCAUCAGGGACCAAAGGAAAAAAAGAGUGCCUAAAAAGUCAGAGUCGACUGAUGUAGAAGAGCCAAAACUGGAAAAUGAGGAGACCAAUGAAGAGGAACAUCAAAUCAGCCCCACCCCUGCAGAAGGGAAGCCCCUCCCUGUCAAACCACCCAAGCAGAAUAAAUGGCAGCCGGUUCUCAACACUGUGGCUAACGUCCAGAGGUACCGCUGGCUGAAGCACAGUGUUCCCAGUGCCUUCUCUCAGUCCAGCCUUAUGGCCAGCAUAGUGGAGUUUGCACUGAAGGAGGAACCGCUGGACGUGGAAAAGAUGAGGAAGUGUCUUCUUAAGCAGCUGGAGAGGGCUGAGGUGAGACUGGAGGGCAUCGACACCAUGCUGAAACUGGCUUCAAAAAGCUUCUUACUGCCAUCUGUGCAGUAUGCCAUGCUCUGUGGCUGGCAAAGGGUCAUACCCGAGGGGACCAACAUUGGAGAGCCAUUGUACGACUGCCUGAAGGACGUGGAUUUGAUUCCUCCGUUCAAUCGCAUGCUUUUGGAGGUGACUUUUGGGAAGCUGUAUUCUUGGGCUAUCCAGAAUAUUCGCAACAUCUUGCUGGAAGCCAGCGCUCGCUUUAAAGAGCUAGGUGUGCAGCUGGUUCCCUUACAGACCAUCACCAAUGAGAACCCAGCAGGACCAAGCCUUGGCACCAUUCCACAGGCUCGAUUCCUUCUUGCCAUGAUACACAUGCUGUCCUUGAAACAUGGAUCUAAUAGCCUCAGUCUGCUGUUGAAUUCAGGCAUAUUGGCUCUCACCCAGAGUAUCCUCAGGCUCAUAGGACCCAGUACGGACAGCAGUGAGGAGGAUCUGAGCGCGUGUUCACAUGGAGGCUCAGCCACCGUCCUGGAGGAGUCCAGAAAAGAGGCCGCCCCCACUCCUGUACCUGCCUCUGGCCCUGAGCUGGCUGCUAUGAUGAAGAUUGGCACGAGGGUCGUCAGGGGAGUUGACUGGAAGUGGGGAGAUCAGGACGGUCCACCACCGGGUCUCGGCAGGGUCAUUGGGGAACUGGGUGAGGAUGGAUGGAUCAGAGUGCAGUGGGAUACGAGUAGCACCAACUCCUACAGAAUGGGCAAAGAGGGCAAAUACGACCUUAAACUUGCAGAUCCACCUCCAGCUGCCCAGCCCAUCACCGAGGACUCCGACACGGAGGACGACACAGAAGCUGACUUGGUAGAGAAAAGUGGCCACCCCACAGCAAUGAUGCUGACCAGCACAGUCAACCUUCUGAAAACGCUCUCGCUGUCAGCUGGCAUCUAUGCAGACGUUCUACAGUCAGAUGCUACAUGGACUCUCUGCGGGCUACUGAGGAUGCUUGUGGAAAGUGGAGCAAAUGACAAAUCGGGCUGUCACUCCCACAGGCGAGUGUCUCAGGAGCAGCACAGAAGCUGGUGCACUCUGGGCUUCAUUCGCAGCAUUGCUUUGAAGCCACAGAUCUGCGGCACCCUGAGCACCUCUGCAUGGAUUAGCCUGCUCGUCCAAAUCGUCGAGGGUCACCAGUCUUUCAAUGCCAUUACUCUGCAGAGACAGAUACUAGUGCUCCGUCUCCUGCAGGCAGUCCUGCCUUCAUGGGACAAGACCGAGCGCUCUCAGGACAUGAAGUUCCUGGUGGAGAAGUUGUUUAGCUUCUUGGGAAGCCUUCUGAGCACCUGUUCAUCAGACCUGCCGCUUCUCAGAGAAGGCUCCUCAAGAAGGAGGAAGUCCCGCCCACAGGCCUCUCUGACGGCCACACACAGCAGCACGCUGGCAGAGGAGAUCGUGGGCGUCCUGCGUACCCUCCACUCCCUUGGCCAGUGGAACAGCCUAAUCAACGAUUACAUCAACUCUCAAUUGAGUUCCAUUGGAGACGUGAUGGCAGGCUGCCAGUCUGAGUCUUGUUUCUUGGAGGACUUUUUUCCUGACACAGAGGGUCCAAGAGUGGGAAGUCUGAUGGCAGUGCUGGCUGUGAUUGGUGGAAUUGAUGGGCGUCUCAGACUUGGGGGGCCGGUCAUUCAUGAGGAGUAUGGAGAGGGAACGGUUACACGCAUUACACCAAAAGGACGCAUCACUGUCCAGUUUCACGAAAUGAGAACCUGCAGGGUUUGCUUGCUCAGCCAGCUCAAACCGCUGCCUGCAGUACCCUUCUGCGUGCAAAACCUGCCUUUCACUGAACCCAUGUUGGCAGUUUGGGCCCAGUUGGUCAGUCUGGCUGGAAGCAAACUGGAGAAACGAGGCAUGAAGAAGUCUCUGAGUCGAGGCCUCACAGCUGAUCAAGUGGACAUCCACUUGCUGCGAUGCCAGCAGCUGAGGCUUUACAUUUUGAAGGCGGGACGGGCUCUGCUCUGUUACCAGGACAAACUCCGGCAGAUCCUCUCACAGCCAGCCGUCGCUGACAUUGGACCCAGCCCCACUGAAGAUCCAGUUGUGGCCUCUCCUGAUGUUGGAGACUUGUCCCCUGAGGGUCCAUUACCUCCACUGAUUCUCCUGCAGCAGCUUCUGUCUGCUGCCACUCAGCCCUCUCCCAUCAAAGCUAUAUUUGAUAGGCAAGAGAUGGAGGCUGCGGCCCUGGCAGUGUGUCAGUACCUGGCUGUGGAGUCUGCACACCCGUCUUCCCCGACGUUUGAGGAGAGCAGUUCCAGUGAGGCCACCACGCCUGUCACCGUACAGCAUGUCAGACCACCCAAACAGAAGAAACAGAAGACCUCCCCAAUACCCCCUCUACCAAUAGUCCUCCAGCUUAUGGAAAUGGGGUUCCCACGGAAGAAUAUUGAGUUUGCUCUGAAGUCACUGUCUGGUACUACAGGCAGCGCCUCUGGCAUUCCAGGUGUUGAGGCUCUAGUGAGCUGGCUGCUGGAUCACCCAGAUGUUCACGUCACUGAGCUGUCGGAUGCUGACACUGUGUCCGAUGAGUACUCUGAUGAGGAAGUGUUGGACGAGCUGGUGGAGGCGGAGCCAGCGUUUUCUGUGCCUGCUGGUGCAGUGGUGACGGAAAGCCAAACCUAUAAGAAGAGAUCAGAUUUCCAAAGCAAUGAUGAUUAUGCCAUGUACGUCAGAGAGAAUAUACAGGUGGGGAUGAUGGUGAAGUGCUGCAGGACGUAUGAGGAAGUGUAUGAUGGUGACGUGGGGAAGGUGAUUAAGCUGGACAGGGAUGGCCUUCAUGACUUGAACGUGCAGUGUGACUGGCAGCAAAAGGGAGGAACCUACUGGGUUCGCUACAUCCACAUUGAACUUCUGGGAUUCCCACCACAAAGUUCUCCUUCUCAUAUAAAAAUUGGCGACAAAGUCAGAGUGAAGCCCGCAGUGACAACACCAAAGUACAAGUGGGGUUCUGUCACCCACAGGAGUGUUGGAGUAGUAAAAGCUUUUAGUGCCAAUGGAAAGGAUGUGAUUGUAGACUUCCCACAGCAGUCCCACUGGACGGGCUUGUUGUCCGAAAUGGAACUGGUACCCAGUGUUCACCCUGGUGUGAGGUGUGAUGGCUGUCAGAUGUUCCCCAUCAAUGGCCCCAGGUUCAAAUGUAAGAACUGUGACGACUUUGACUUCUGUGACAAUUGCUUUAAGACUCGCAAGCACAACACAAGACACUCCUUUGGCCGGAUCAAUGAGCCUGGCCAGUCUCCGGCCUUUUGCGGCCGUUCAGGAAAACAGCUGAAGAAGCACCACAACAGCCAGCGGGGAAUGCUAAUUGACGAUUGGUCUCGUUCUGUGAAGAGCCUCAGCGUGUCAUCCUCAGUAAACCAGGCGUCUCGCCUCAUCGACUGCAGCGAUCAGUGCUGGCAGUCCUCAGGCUCACAGGGGAAGCAUUGGAUUCGGCUUGAGCUGUUUCCAGACGUUCUUGUGCACAGACUGAAGAUGAUUGUCGACCCUGCAGACAGCAGCUACAUGCCAUCACUUGUGGUGGUGUCAGGUGGAAGCUCUCUGAACAAUUUAAUUGAGCUCAAAGCAAUUAACAUCAAUCCCACAGACACCACUGUCCUACUCCUCAGUGAUUGCACCGAGUUCCACAGAUAUAUUGAGAUUGCAAUCAAGCAGUGUCGCAGCUCCGGUAUAGAUUGCAAGAUUCACGGACUAAACAUUGUUGGACGCAUCCGAGCGGAUGAAGAAGACCUGGCUACUGUCCCUUUUCUGGCAUCUGACAAUGAAGAAGAGGAUGAUGAGAAAACAGCAGCUGGAAGUCUUGCACGUAAGAAGUCAUCUGGUUUGGAGUCGGCAGCCUCCAUCCGAACCAAAGUCUUUGUUUGGGGUCUGAAUGACAAGGACCAGCUGGGAGGACUCAAAGGCUCCAAGAUCAAGGUUCCCUCUUUCUCUGAAACCCUCUCUGCACUGAAUGUGGUGCAGGUGGCUGGUGGCUCCAAAAGCCUCUUUGCUGUGACUGUGGAGGGAAAGAUCUAUGCAUGUGGUGAGGCCACCAACGGCAGGCUGGGCCUGGGCCUCUCCAGUGGGACCAUCCAAAUCCCGCGUCAGAUCAGUGCCCUGAGUAAUUACGUAGUGAAGAAGGUGGCAGUUCAUUCUGGUGGACGCCAUGCCAUGGCUCUCACGGUGGAUGGGAAGGUCUUCUCUUGGGGCGAAGGAGACGACGGCAAACUGGGGCACUUCAGCAGAAUGAACUGUGAUAAGCCCCGACUGAUUGAGGCCCUGAAGACCAAGCGCAUCCGCGACAUCGCCUGCGGCAGCUCCCACAGCGCCGCCAUCACCUCCAGUGGAGAGCUGUACAGCUGGGGUUUGGGUGAAUACGGCCGCCUCGGACACGGGGACAACACCACCCAACUGAGGCCUAAACUGGUGAAGGUGCUUCUGGGACAUCGUGUUAUCCAGGUGGCUUGUGGCAGCAGAGAUGCUCAGACUCUAGCGCUCACUGAUGAAGGUCUGGUGUUCUCCUGGGGUGACGGCGAUUUCGGGAAGCUUGGCCGUGGCGGCAGCGAGGGCUGCAACAUUCCACAAAACAUAGAGCGGCUCAACGGGCAGGGUGUCUGUCAAAUUGAGUGUGGAGCACAGUUUUCAUUGGCUCUGACAAAAUCUGGAGUGGUCUGGACCUGGGGAAAAGGUGACUACUUCCGAUUGGGUCAUGGCACUGACGUCCAUGUGCGAAAACCCCAGAUUGUGGAGGGGCUGAGAGGGAAAAAGAUUGUCCAUGUUGCUGUUGGAGCGCUACACUGUCUGGCCGUCACGGACUCUGGGCAGGUGUACGCAUGGGGAGACAAUGACCACGGGCAACAAGGAAACGGCACCACUACAGUCAACAGGAAACCCACCCUGGUUCAGGGUCUGGAGGGACAGAAAAUCACCCGGGUUGCCUGUGGCUCCUCCCACAGCGUGGCCUGGACCACUGUGGAUGUGACCACACCCUCAGUUCAUGAGCCAGUACUUUUCCAGACAGCCAGAGACUCCCUUGGAGCUUCCUAUCUGGGUGUUCAGUCUGACAGCGACUCGUCGGCAGCGAGCAACAAGAUGAGCGGGCAGAACAGCUUGAAGCCCAACCGACCUUCUCUGGCCAAGAUCCUUCUCAGUCUGGAUGGGAAUCUGGCCAAACAGCAGGCUCUGUCUCAUGUACUGUCCGCUCUGCAGAUCAUGUAUGCGAGGGAUGCAGUGGUUGGUGCACUGAUGCCAGCCAGCAUGAUUCUUCCUGCAGAGUGUCCUGCCAGCUCUCCCAUUCCCCCAUUAGAUUCCUCCUCUUCAUCCUGUGACAGUGAUGACGAGUGCCCUCCGGUCCCUCCUGAAACGGAAGAACAAGUCAGUCCAAAUCCUUGGCAGGAGAAGAAGGGAGAGGUUCCCACAUCAGAGGAUGCCGUCACCCCGUCGUCAGCUGUGACUCCAUCCGCCUGCGGGGCGUCCUCCCGUCCUUUCAUCCCCGUCACUGAUGACCCCGGAGCAGCCAGCAUCAUCGCUGAGACCAUGGCAAAAACAAAAGAGGACUCGGAGAGCCAGAGUAAGGUGGUUGGUCCAGAGCCUCAGUACUUGGACGAGUUCACCAGCCUCCUUGUGCCUGACGAUACCAGAGUCAUGGUGGACCUGCUGAAGCUGGCAGUGUCCUGCCGUGCUGGGGAGAAAGGCAAGGAGGUCCUGUCUGCUGUCCUGUCUGGCAUGGGUACAGCGUACUCCCAGGUUGCUGACAUGCUGUUGGAACUGUGCGUUACUGAACUGGAGGACGUUGCCACAGACUCUCAGAGUGGCCGUCUCUCCUCACAGCCCGUGGUUGUUGAGAGCAGUCAUCCAUACACAGACGACACAUCCACCAGUGGCACUGUUAAGAUCCCAGGUGCAGAAGGUUUAAGGAUAGAGUUUGAUCGACAGAGUUCAACUGAAAGACGCCACGAUCCACUAACCAUCAUGGAUGGAGCCAACAGGAUCGUCUCCGUCAGAUCAGGCCGAGAGUGGUCGGACUGGUCCAGUGAGUUAAGGAUCCCAGGAGAUGAGCUCAAAUGGAAGUUUACCAGCGAUGGUUCGGUCAACGGUUGGGGCUGGCGCUUCACCGUCUAUCCCAUCAUGCCUGCAGCUGGUCCCAAAGAUUUGCUGUCUGAUCGCUGCAUUUUGUCCUGCCCUUCCAUGGAUUUGGUCACUUGCCUGCUGGAUUUCAGGCUCAACUUUGCUUCCAACAGGAGCAUCGUUCCUCGUCUAGCUGCAUCCCUUGCUGCUUGUGCGCAGCUGAGUGCACUAGCUGCCGGACACAGAAUGUGGGCCCUGCAGAGGCUGCGCAAACUUCUGACCACAGAAUACGGUCAGUCCAUCAACAUAAACCGGCUGCUGGGUGACGGCGACGGAGAAGCUCGGUCCAUUAGCUUCACCGGCAGCGCUCUGGCUGCUCUUGUGAAGGGGCUUCCUGAGGCGCUGCAGAGGCAGUACGAGUAUGAAGACCCCAUCGUCAGAGGAGGGAAGCAGCUGCUCCAUAGUCCAUUUUUCAAGGUGUUGGUCGCUCUUGCUUGUGACCUGGAGCUGGACACCUUACCCUGCUGCGCUGAGACCCACAAGUGGGCGUGGUUCCGUCGCUAUUGCACUGCCUCCAGAGUGGCGGUGGCUCUAGAUAAGAGAACGUCUCUGGCAAGAGCCUUUCUUGAUGAGGUUACAAAGAAAAUCCGAGAGCUUAUGGCAGAUCACGAGAACAUGAGUGGACUCCACGAAAGCCACGACUUGUUCAAGCGCGAGCACGAUGAGCAGCUGGUGCAGUGGAUGAACAGACGCCCGGAUGACUGGACUCUUUCUGCUGGCGGGAGCGGCACGAUAUAUGGCUGGGGUCACAACCACAGAGGGCAGCUGGGGGGCAUAGAAGGGGCAAAAGUCAAGGUGCCCACACCCACCGAGGCUCUCGCCACCCUGCGGCCAGUACAGCUGAUUGGAGGAGAGCAGACUCUAUUUGCCGUCACUGCUGAUGGAAAGCUGUAUGCGACGGGAUACGGAGCUGGGGGCCGUUUAGGCAUCGGCGGCACAGAGUCCGUGUCCACGCCAACUUUACUGGAGUCCAUCCAACAUGUUUUUAUAAAGAAGGUGGCUGUAAACUCUGGAGGGAAGCACUGCCUGGCCCUUUCUUCUGAAGGAGAAGUUUACUCCUGGGGAGAAGCGGAAGAUGGAAAGCUGGGCCAUGGGAACAGGAGCCCCUGUGAUCGUCCUCGUGUGAUCGAAUCCCUGAGGGGAGUGGAAGUGGUGGAUAUUGCAGCUGGAGGGGCGCACAGCGCCUGCAUCACCGCCAGCGGAGAGCUCUUCACCUGGGGCAAGGGUCGUUACGGACGACUGGGUCACGGCGACAGCGAGGACCAGCUUAAGCCAAAGCUGGUGGAUGCACUGCAGGGUCACAGGGUCAUCGAUGUUGCCUGCGGCAGCGGGGAUGCUCAGACUCUGUGUCUAACUGAUGAUGACAUGGUUUGGUCCUGGGGAGACGGAGACUACGGCAAGCUGGGCCGAGGAGGCAGCGAUGGCUGCAAAGUCCCCAUGAAGAUAGACUCCCUGACUGGUCUUGGAGUGGUCAAAGUGGAGUGUGGGUCUCAGUUCUCUGUGGCGCUCACUAAAUCUGGGGCCGUGUACACAUGGGGUAAAGGGGACUACCAUCGAUUGGGCCACGGCUCUGACGACCACGUACGGCGACCCAGGCAGGUGCAGGGUUUACAAGGGAAAAAGGUUAUCGCCAUCGCCACCGGUUCACUGCACUGCGUCUGCUGCACAGAGGACGGAGAAGUCUAUACGUGGGGAGACAAUGACGAGGGGCAGCUCGGAGACGGGACUACUAACGCCAUCCAGAGGCCACGCCUGGUGGCUGCACUGCAGGGGAAGAAGAUCAACAGGGUGGCCUGUGGCUCUGCUCACACCCUCGCCUGGUCCACCAGCAAGCCCACUAAUGCUGGGAAGAUGCCGGCACAGGUUCCCAUGGAGUACAACCAUCUGCAGGAGAUCUCCGUCAUGGCCCUGAGGAACAGGUUGCUGCUGCUGCAUCAUUUCUCCGAGCUUUUCUGCCCCUGCAUACCCAUGUUUGACCUGGAGGGUCGGCUGGGUCAGACGGGUCACGGGCCCUCAGUUGGCUUUGAUACCCUCAGAGGCAUCCUGAUCUCCCAGGGCAAAGAAGCAGCUUUUAGGAAAGUGGUUCAGGCUACAAUGGUGAGGGACCGUCAGCAUGGACCUGUGGUGGAACUGAACAGAAUACAGGUGAAGCGCUCCCGCAGCAAAGGCGGCCUGGCAGGCCCUGAUGGAACCAAGUCUGUGUUUGGUCAGAUGUGUGCCAAAAUGAGUUCCUUCAGCCCCGACAGUCUGCUGCUCCCCCAUCGGGUGUGGAAGGUUAAAUUCGUGGGUGAGUCCGUGGACGACUGCGGUGGAGGCUACAGUGAGUCCAUCGCAGAGAUGUGCGAGGAGCUUCAGAACUCGCUGACGCCGCUCCUCAUCGUCACGCCGAACGGCCGCGACGAGUCCGGCGCCAACAGGGAUUGUUUCCUGCUUAACCCAGCUGCCAAGUCACCUCUGCACAUGGGCAUGUUUCGCUUCCUAGGAGUUCUCCUUGGAAUUGCAAUUCGAACUGGAAGCCCCCUGAGCCUGAAUCUGGCAGAACCGGUGUGGAAGCAGCUGGCAGGGAUGAGCCUGACCAUCGCCGACCUUAGUGAGGUUGAUAAGGAUUUUAUUCCGGGUUUGAUGUACAUCCGUGACAACGAAGCCACGUCUGAAGAGUUUGAGGCCAUGACCCUGCCCUUCACGGUGCCCAACGCCAGCGGCCAGGACAUCCAGCUCAGCUCCAAGUAUUCCCACAUCACGCUGGAGAACCGUGCAGAAUAUGUCCGCCUGGCAAUUAACUACAGACUCCAUGAGUUUGACGAGCAGGUGUCCGCCGUGCGGGAGGGGAUGGCUCGGGUGGUGCCGGUUCCCCUGCUGUCUCUUUUCACUGGUUACGAGCUGGAAACGAUGGUGUGUGGAAGUCCAGACAUCCCCCUGCAUCUGCUCAAGUCGGUGGCCACAUACAAAGGGGUGGAGCCAACAGCGCCACUCAUACAGUGGUUCUGGGAGGUGAUGGAGUCGUUCUCCAACACAGAGAGGUCUCUCUUUCUGAGGUUCGUCUGGGGUCGCACCCGGCUGCCGCGGACCAUCGCUGAUUUCCGGGGGCGGGACUUUGUAGUGCAGGUUCUGGAUAAAUACAACCCUCCCGACCACUUCCUGCCUGAGUCCUACACGUGUUUCUUUCUGCUCAAGCUGCCCAGAUACUCCUGUAAACAGGUGCUGGAGGAGAAGCUCAAAUACGCCAUUCACUUCUGCAAGUCCAUCGACACCGACGACUACGCCCGCAUCGCUCUGACCGGCGAGCCCGCGGCCGACGACAGCAGCGAAGACUCUGACAACGAGGACGCCGACUCCUUCGCCUCAGAUUCGACGCAGGACUACCUGACGGGACACUGAGCCUUUUUUUUCGAGCGGCGGAGGGCCGGAUUCAUUGAAAUGUAGAACAUGUCUGUGGGCGGAUGUGCAAUAUAAGCUAAAGAGAGUAACGCCUGCUCUCAGUACUUUAAAAAGAAACGGAGUGAUCUGCUGAACACCUAAAUGUUGUGUUUAAUGGAAACUGCGUGUAUACUUCGAGUUACAGAGUUUAAAAAAAAAAGAAAAAAAAAGAAUAAAGGCUCCAGCCUAGCACUGUGGUAGAUUCUUCCUCUGGUUUGAGUGAAUUAUCCGUCUGUAGAUUGAUUAUAGAAAUUGAUGUGCAACAUUAGUAUUACGUUAUUUGUUAACAGUCAUGUUUCUUUAUACGAAUCCAGAAAAUAAGACAUUUUUAACUACUCGUUGCCACACUGCUCGCCUCGGCCAGAGCCCACUGAAAAGUCAUUUAUAGAUUCAUGUAUUCAGCCUUCCACCUUAAAGAAUGUGUAUAAUAUUACUGUGCCAUGUAUUUACACAAGGUCUCAUUCCUGCAUUUUAAAUGUUAAUAAAUUUCUGUUCUUAAGUACAAAAA